UAAGUCACAUGAAUCAGUUGAAAGUCCAACCUUUGAGAAAUAUCCAGAACUGGGGCGUGACUGAUCAAUGUUCAAAAAAGACAGAAGAAGAACUUUACAGUUCAUGUCUGAUCCACUUGGCUUUUAAUACUUGCACAGCAUUUAUACAUUUCAGUAACUCCUUUGCUCAGAAAACAAACACAGAAAUGAAGAUUUUAUUCGUUAUCUUCUUUUUUUUCCUCAUCCAAUCUUGUAUCUCCGUUGAUAUGAUCAUGAGAAGACAGUCCUUGGUAGAUGGUGAUGUCAUACUCUCUGUAGGUAAGAAAUUCGCAUUUGGAUUCUUCAGUCUUGGGGAUUCAAAGCUCCGGUAUGUUGGGAUUUGGUAUGCUCAAAUUUCUCAACAGACUGUUGUAUGGGUUGCAAACAGAGACCAUCCUAUUAAUGACACAUCCGGUCUGGUAAAGUUCAGCAGCAGAGGCAAUCUCUGUGUGUAUGCAUCCGACAAUGAAACAGAGCCUAUCUGGUCAACUGAAGUCUCAGAUAGUAUAUUGGAAACAACUUUAGUUGCUAGACUCUCUGAUUUAGGGAACCUUGUUCUGCUUGAUCCAGUCUCAGGGAGAAGUUUCUGGGAGAGCUUUUAUUACCCUACAGACACGUUUCUUCCGUUUAUGAGAUUAGGUUUCACACGAAAAGACGGUUUGGAUCGCUUUCUGACAUCAUGGAGAUCUCAUGAGGACCCUGGUUCUGGAGACUUAACUUUGAGGAUGGAACGUAGAGGGUUUCCACAGCUGAUCCUGUACAAAGGUGUUAUCCCUUGGUGGCGUAUGGGGUCAUGGACCGGGCACAGGUGGAGCGGUGUGCCUGAAAUGCCAAUAGGUUAUAUCUUCAAUAACUCUUUUGUGAAUAAUGAGGACGAAGUAUCCUUCACCUAUGGUGUGACAGAUGCUUCAGUCAUAACAAGAACCAUGGUGAACGAGACAGGAACCAUGCACCGGUUCACAUGGAUUGCGAGGGACAAGAGAUGGAACGAUUUCUGGUCAGUUCCUAAAGAGCAGUGCGACAACUACGCCCAUUGUGGCCCUAACGGUUACUGCGAUCCCAUUCGCUCAAAAAUGUUCGAGUGCAUAUGCCUACCUGGUUUUGAGCCCAUCAUUCCAAGGCAUUGGUUCUUGAGGGACUCUUCUGGUGGGUGUAAGAAGAAAAACAGAACUUCAAUAUGCAGUGAGAAGGACGGGUUUGUGAAGCUAAAGCGCAUGAAGAUUCCCGACACAUCAGAUGCAAGUGUAGAUAUGAACAUAACAUUGAAGGAUUGCAAACAGAGGUGCUUGAAGAACUGUUCUUGUGUUGCUUACGCAAGCGCUUACCACGAAAGUAAAAGAGGAGCAAUAGGAUGCUUGACAUGGCACGGCGGUAUGUUGGAUACAAGGACAUACUUGAACUCCGGACAAGAUCUCUACAUACGUGUAGACAAAGAAGAGUUAGCGCUGUGGAACAGAAAUGGCUUAUCAGGGAAGAGGAGAGUCCUUCUGAUUCUUAUCAGUUUGAUUGCAGCCGUAAUGUUACUAAUGGUCAUUUUGUUCUGUUUCAUAAGGGAGCGACGAAAGUAUAACAGGCAUAGAAGCUCUUCAGCAACGUUCACUCCGGUACCUUUUGAUUUUGAAGAAUCAUUCAGCUUUGAACAGGACAAGGCGAGACACCGGGAGUUACCUCUCUUUGAUCUUAACACAAUAGCUGCAGCAACGGAUAACUUCUCUUCCCAAAACAAGCUUGGAGCAGGUGGUUUUGGACCUGUUUAUAAGGGCGUGUUACAGAACGGUAUGGAGAUAGCGGUGAAGAGGUUGUCGAGAAACUCGGGCCAAGGAAUGGAAGAGUUCAAGAACGAGGUCAAGUUGAUAUCGAAGUUGCAGCAUCGAAAUCUCGUGAGGAUCUUAGGAUGUUGCGUUGAAUUGGAAGAGAAGAUGUUGAUUUACGAGUAUUUACCAAACAAGAGCCUAGACUAUUUCAUAUUCCAUGAAGAGAAGAGAGCGGAGUUGGACUGGCCAAAACGAAUGCAGAUAAUUCGCGGGAUUGCUCGUGGGAUCUUGUAUCUUCAUCAAGAUUCAAGACUGAGGAUCAUCCACAGAGAUCUAAAGGCCAGCAAUAUACUUCUUGACAGCGAAAUGAUCCCUAAGAUCUCGGAUUUUGGCAUGGCUAGAAUCUUCGGGGGGAACCAAAUCGAAGGAUGCACAAGUCGGGUCGUUGGAACAUUCGGAUAUAUGUCGCCGGAGUACGCAAUGGAGGGCCAGUUCUCUGUUAAAUCCGACGUAUACAGCUUUGGAGUAUUAAUGUUAGAGAUCAUAACAGGAAAGAAGAACAGUGCUUUCCACGAGGAAUCAUCAAACCUAGUCGGACAUAUUUGGGAUCUAUGGGAAAGCGGUGAAGCAACAGAGAUCAUAGACAAGUUAAUGAAUCAAGAGACUUAUAAUGAGAGCGAAAUGAUAAAGUGCAUACAAAUUGGGUUGCUUUGUGUGCAAGAAAUCGCUUCGGAUAGAGUAGACAUGUCCUCUGUUCUCACCAUGUUGGGUCAAAGCGCCAUUGAUCUUCCAAAUCCGAAGCAUCCAGCUUUUACUUCCGCGAGGCGAAGAGGCGGGGAAAAUGGUGCUUUGCUCAAGGAGAAAACUGGUAUUUCUGUUAAUGAUGUUACCUUCUCCGAUAUCCAAGGUCGUUAAAAUUUAAAACAACACUCAAAUGUUUUACUUCUUUUUGUAUAAAAAUAGAAAACUAUAUAGGCUAAGUUACAGGAAUAAGUACUGAUUUCAAAAAAAUCUAACUAAUGAUAAAACCAUUGCUAAAAAGCAAAACACAAAUAUGAAAUUUCUUGGCAGCUCUAGAAUAAUUUUGUGCAGACAAAGUCAAGGUUGUUGUGUAGUUAAUGAAUCCAUGAAAAGUCAAAACUUAUCCACUAUUCACGUUUGUUUCUAUGUACUAUAGCAAACCAACCCAAAAGACAAUACCAAUAAUAGUGUUUUCGUUUCUUCUCUCAAGACAAACCUACUGUGGCUUCUCAAGAACAUGGGUGAUUUUUGUUCUUCUCCUUUUUCCUUCAGGUUCAGUUUCUUAAUCCAGACUGAAAUUGGCUUGGUGAGCUUAACGCCCUGUUACAGCUGUGAGGCUCACAUCAUUGAUAGAUACCUUUUGACUACUCUGGUCAGAAGAUUCAGCUUCAGAAGCUCC